UAGUAUGCAAAAAUACUUUUUUGCUAUAGUGGCCUACUGCCUACUGCUAAAAGAAGAUUUCUUCACAAUAUUCUUGAUGAUUAUAAUGGGUUAGAAUCAUGAUUUGACCUUACAUCCAGAAGUGAAAAUGGUGAAAUGAGCAUGUAUUUUCCAAUGUGUUAUGCAGCAGUAGUGGAAAAGGGAAUACUCUCUUUGGUUCUUAAGGAACCAUCCUGAUUCAUUUAAGUUAGUCCUUUGCUAAAGUAAUUAUUCAGCUAUGAACAUGUAGGGCAUUAGCAGCUGCAUGAUGGCUGACAAAAGUAUUUUUUCAUUAGUCUUACAUGCCGAAGAGGUAGUUCAAAAUUACAAGUCACCACAAACAGAUUGGUUGGAGAAAUACAUCUUUCAUGCGAGGAAAGUUAGGAACCAGUCAAUUAUAGGACCAAAAGCUUGAUGUGCCUUGUUUUCUAGACCUCCAGUCCACAAGACCCCUAAGAUCCCGUGGGAGGGAGGAUGGCUCUCAUGUUUCAGAAGUGGGAUGCUGCGGGAUACAUUUCAUAUGGUGAUGCACGGGGCCUUGGGUAAUGAGGUAAUAUGUGUGCUCUGGCUGGACCAGGAGGCAAUAGUUGAUGAAAGUGCUUAUGCUUUGGACAGACCACGAGGCAAUUGAUGGCAACUAGUAGGUCGUGGUCGGUGGCUGGAAGCUCCAGAUGCCUGUGUUCUGCUAUUGUAAGAUUUAGGUUGCCCAGGCAUGUAUUGCCAUUGUUGUGGGGUUUGUUAGAUCAUUGUGAUCCAGCAGUGGGAGCACAGUAAAAAUUUUGUUGAUGGGAAAUACAGAAUCAACUUCUGGUGACACAUCUCGAGACUUUCCACAUGAAGCCUCCGGAUAUGCUGGAAAUCCAGUUGAUCCUAAUUAUCAACACCAACAUCCAAUCUAUGCUGGAAAUCCAGUGGACACUAAAUAUCAGCAGCAGCCACCAGCAUCUGCAACAAGUUCAUUGAACAGUAACAACCAGAGGAAGCAUCGACCAACCUAUAUAGCUGAUAACUUCAAUUCACUAGAAGAGGUGGUUACUGCAUUAAGAGAAGAAGGCCUCGAAUCAUCAAAUUUAAUUCUGGGAAUUGAUUUUACACAGAGUAAUGAGUGGACAGGAAAGUAUUCAUUCAACAGGAGAAGCCUUCAUGCAAUGGGCACUACACCUAAUCCAUAUCAGCAAGCUAUCUCCAUCAUUGGGCGGACAUUAUCACCUUUUGAUGAAGAUAAUUUGAUACCUUGUAUCGGAUUUGGGGAUGCAUCCACACAUGAUCAGCAUGUGUUCAGCUUUUACCCUGACCAUCGACCUUGCCACGGAUUUGAAGAAGCUCUUGCAAGAUAUAAAGAGAUUGUGCCUCACCUAAAGUUAUCAGGUCCAACAUCCUUUGCACCAAUAAUUGAUUCUGCAGUUGAUAUUGUAGAGAGAAGCAAUGGGCAAUAUCAUGUCCUUGUAAUUAUUGCUGAUGGACAGGUUACUAGGAGUUCCAAUACACCACAUGGAAGGUUUAGUCGACAAGAGCAGGCAACUAUUAAUUCUAUAGUUGCUGCAAGUGAAUAUCCUCUUUCAAUCAUUCUUGUUGGUGUCGGGGAUGGACCUUGGGAUGAAAUGCAACAAUUUGAUGACAACAUUCCUCAACGUGCUUUUGACAAUUUUCAGUUUGUGAACUUCACAAAAAUCAUGUCCGAGCACACCAAUAUGGCAAAAAGAGAGGCAUCAUUUGCAUUAGCUGCUCUGAUGGAAAUUCCUUUCCAAUACAGAGCCGCCCUAAGCCUACCAUUCAAUGAAAAUUCUGAAGGUCCCAGAAGUAGGGUACUCCCUCCUCCACGUGAAGUUAUAGAUCAUGAUAAUUCUUUAAAAUCAUUCCCACAUGUGACAAGCUUUGAACCAGUUGACCAUGGACCUCCAGCAGAUCAAGUUUGCCCAAUAUGCUUGACAAAUCCGAAGGAUAUGGCUUUUGGAUGUGGACAUCUGACAUGCAAGGAUUGUGGCAUCACCAUAUCGACGUGCCCCUUGUGCCGGGAGCCCAUCAAAACUCGCAUAAGACUCUAUGGUUGAUCAUGAAAUUCAUCUGGCAAACAUUUGAAGGUCUGCAGUAGUUGUACAAUACAUGAAGGUCACAGGAAACAAGAUUGUUGUACUCUGUUCCAAGCCACUAAAUCUUUCGAGGACGAAGGCAUUAGAUUUCAUGUUGUGUGACUUUGUAACCUGCAUGUAACAUAGUUGUGAAUUAGUUUCCUCUUACGAUUGUUUUAUUUCAGUAAUGGCUGAGCAAUAUGUACAGUUGAUUCCAAGGAAGUGUCUCAGAAUUUUUUUA